AUGUCGUUGAUAGACAAGGUAGCAUCGAAGAAACGGAGCCGGAAUGUACCUCCGGUAGGGAACGUAGACAAAGCUGACGGUGUUUCGGUGCCUAGCGGCGCUGACGUAAAGAACUCAACAAGUGGUGAGACGGGUGAUAAAUCUAAGGAACCUGUAGCUGAAGGGGGAAAAGAUGCAAAUAAG